UAACCCUUUAAUACCCCUAACCUUAACCCUUUAAUACCCCUAACCUUAACCCUUUAAUAACCCUAACCUUAACCCUUUAAUACCCCUAACCGUGAACUAACUCCAUGUAAACACCUUGAACUGUCUUGUUGUUGAGCCUCCCUGUGUUGUUGACAACAUGUGUUGCUGUUGUUGAUAUCGUUGUUGUUUAUGUUGUGUAGAACAGUUUACAGCCUGAAGAGUCCAGCCUGUCCACAGACCCCAAAUCCAGCCCUCGCAUGUCCAGAGCUAGCGUCUUCAUCACACAGAUACUACAGUUUGUCAGCAGGGUGGAUAAUAAGUAUAAACGUCUGAACAGCAGUGAGCGCGUUCGCAUCGUGAGCUCAGGAAACCCAUCGCUGCCCAGACCAGGCUUUGAAACCCUCAGACAGGAAGACUGUGCAGACCCAUACAGCGAUGUGAGUAGGAGUGUGAACCUGGUUCCGUACAGCCUAGUCAACCCCCAGCGGGUCCAGAGGAGAAGGCCGGUUCUGAUCAGUCCAAACAGCCUGGCCCGGACCAUUAUACAGAAGAUACUCAACAUGGGCGGCGCCAUGGACUUCAACAUCUGCAAACCAGAUGUCCUAACUAAAGAAGAGUUCUUAAUGAGACAGAGGAUUGAACCCAUCAUCUCCUCCAGAGAGAAAAACGCCAACACCUACGAGGUUGUCUCUCCGGAGAACAUCGAGGCUGUAGCUGCGAAGGGUAAACACUGCUUGAUGGAGGCUGACGUGAGCUGUGUUAAAGACCUGCUGAGGAGAGAGAUCUACCCAAUCAUCAUCCACAUCAAGAUCUGUGACAAGAACAUCAGGAAGCUAAGGAAGCUGCCCCUGCGUGUGGACAGUGAGGAAGAGUUUAUCAGAGUGUGUCGCAGCAGAGAGAGAGAGCUGGAGAGCGUCCCAUGCCUCUAUGCGUGUCUGGAGCCUGAGGAAUGGGCUGGGCCUGAUGACCUCAUCAGAGUGGUGAAAGACAGAAUCCAGGAGGAACAGAGGAAGACUGUCUGGGUGGAGCAAGACCUGCUGUAACACACACACACACACACACACACACACACACACACACACACACACACACACAC